AUGGCAAAAUCAUUGUUAUGUUUAUUCCUUUUGACUAUAUUAUGUACCUCACGUGCCAAUGCUGGAUAUACGAUUACAUUCCCAUUAUCGGGCGAUGUAUUGGAUGUCAAUCAACCUUAUAAUGUCACUUGGACCUUGAAUGCAGUAACUCCAACUGAACUAACGGUUGAUGUACGUUUAGUCAAAGGUCCACCGGAAGAUUUAAAAGAACAAAUGAAAAUUUGCGAAAAGGUUGACCCUAAAGUACUAAGUUGCACUUUUUUUGUACCACCGUCAAUGGUGACUGCGAUUGAUUAUUCUAUAACUGUUGGAAAUGAUCCUGCAAAUUACGGGUAUUCCCCAUUCUUUACUAUCAAAGGUGUUGGAGAAGUUCCUCUUGCUAAUAAUGGAUGUCCAAAGAUGGGAGGUCAUAAAUGUAAUACUCUCAGUGCUCCAUGCUGUGGUGGUACAGGAUUUUGUGGUACUGGUCCCAAUUUUUGUGAUGUAGGUUGUCAAGCAGCAUUUUCUUACGCAGGUACUUGUGUUUCCCAAGAACCAGCCAAAGAACCUGUUCCUAAACGUAAAAGAUUUGUAAAAUUUUAA